UCACACUCGUAUUCCGGCCCUAUCAAUGUGCGGGGCCGAGAAGGACGUCAGCGGGCCUAUUCCCUGCGUCCGCCAGUCCCGCCACAGAUUCACUUGGGAUCCUCAAACAGAUGAGCCGGUGGAGACGAGGGAUCAAGGCGGCCGGUUAGAGCCAAUUGCCUGCUUCAGGGACUGCCAGCCCUUCCAGGCCUAGCAACAGGGGAGGGAGGGGGAAGAGGAACCCAGCUUCUCUGCGGGAAGACACUGAAGCCAGAGCGACACCCCCCUACCCACCCUCCCCACCUUGCAGCACAAGCUUUGAAAAGCUGCUCCCGCAUCUGAAUGGAAACUCAGAACCGCCGGGAGGCGCGUUCCUUCUCGCCCAGCCGUGCAACCUAUGCCGAGGGGAAGGCGGUGCGAGCCAGCGCCCAGCUCCCGGGACGGGGCCAGCAAUGCUGCUGAGCAGAACUUGACUGAGCCUCUUCCUCGCUGCUAGUGGAAGCGAUGCUGCAGGGCACAGCCAGCGCUCCCCCGGCUCUCCUUCAAGCUGAAGGUUACCCACCCGCGCAGCCAGCCCCAGCCCUGUGAGUGCCGCGCUUCGGUCCUCGCUCAGGCUGCUCGGCGCAGGGCAACGACUGGGCCGCCGCGCCGGGGCGCACUGCACCAGAGGCUUCGGCUUGGUGGAUGUGUAUGCAUGAGUUCUGCACCGAAUGGGCGCAAAAAGCGCCCCAGCCGGUCCACCCGCUCCUCGAUCUUUCAGAUCAGCAAGCCCCAGCUGCAGAGCGGGGAGUGGGAACGCAGGGGCAGCGGCUCCGAGAGCGCCAGCAAAACCCAGCGAACCCUGGACGACUGCAAGAUGCUUGUCCAAGAGUUCAACACGCAAGUGGCCCUGUACCGAGAGUUGGUCAUUUCUAUCGGGGAUGUCUCCGUCAGCUGCCCCUCACUCCGGGCGGAAAUGCACAAGACAAGAACCAAAGGCUGCGAAAUGGCCCGUCAGGCGCACCAAAAACUUGCUGCCAUCUCAGGCCCGGAAGGUGGUGAGAUUCAUCCAGAAAUCUGUCGGCUUUAUAUCCAGCUGCAGUGCUGCUUAGAAAUGUACACAACAGAGAUGCUAAAAUCCAUAUGUCUGCUGGGGUCUCUUCAGUUUCAUCGAAAAGGAAAGGAGCCUGGCGGGGGAACCAAGAGUUUGGAUUGCAAAAUUGAAGAGAGCACUGAACCACCUGCUCUAGAGGACUCCGCUUCAUCCCCCGUCGACACGCAGCAGCAUGCCUGGCAGGUUUCCACAGACAUUGAGAACACUGAAAGAGACAUGCGAGAAAUGAAAAACCUUUUAAGCAAACUCAGGGAAACUAUGCCUUUACCAUUGAAAAAUCAAGAUGACAGCAGUCUUCUAAAUCUAACUUCCUACCCUCUGGUUAGAAGACGGAAGAGAAGGUUCUUCGGGCUAUGUUGUCUCGUCUCCAGCUAGACAACUCCUCCUGGAAACCCACCCCAAGGGAGACCUGAAAAAAAAACCCACAGACGCCGAGGACUCCAGACAGCUGGACCACAGUUAUUGGUUUCUGACUAUGUUUUCUAUGCUUCCGUAUUACUUCUGUCCGCCUCUCUCUACCCUUUUAAAUGAUUUUACAUUUGAAAGUAGCUGCUGUCAAGGGGAAAAAAAACAACAACACAGAUUCAAAAAGCAGGCUGUUUUUAAAAGGAUUUUUAAAGUCGACAUUGUUCAUGUCUGCUCCAAACCAUACCAUGACAGAUGCAAGAAUUAUGAUUUUUAAAUUAUUUAAAGGUCUUUUAAAAUGGAUUAUACAGAGAAAAAUCAUUUCACGUACACUAGUAACCCUAUAGCUCUUGCUGAUCUCAUGUUAACAAUUUAUCUUAUGUGGAAGAAGUCUUUAAACAUAGAAAUCCAUUUAAAACUGCAAAACUGUGUUAAAAUCCAAUCUAUCAAUAUCAUUAGAAACAAUAUAAGCAAACACACCACCUCACCUAUUGCUUUCUCUGCUUUCAUUUACAUUUAGUCUUCCAUUCCGUCAGAAUCUAAGAGCUUCAACAGAAAAAUAUCUUAAUUUAUAAUGCAGCAAAGACCAUAUAUGAAAAGUGUUUAAAUUUUGUAAAUACACAAUAAUCCUAAUACCUUCGUACAAUGCAUAUGGGCAACUAAUGUCCUUUUGAUCCAAUGGUGUCUUUUGCAGCUUCUUGGAGAAUGAAGUAAUCCAGUUAGGAAAUGGUGUAGUAACAUAUACAAUUACCCUCAAAUGUAAAAUUUGAAUAUUAUGACAUUUUAUUCUAAUUGAACUCUGAAGCAUGAAGUCUGCGCAUCAGCAUAGUGUUAACGCUUUAGGGCAUGCUGGAAUUAGCUCAGAUCGUAAAAAUAUUUAACAUUUUACAUUGUUAAUAAAAUCUUUUCAGUUCAGCUAAGCUUGUCUCAUUUUAGAUGACUAUGCAGAUAUGACUUUUCCAAUGUGUACUCGGUGUCUUAUCUUAUGCAGAUUUCUGAAAGCAGGUACAUGAAGCAAUACUACAUUUUAGAAAGGAGGAAGCCACGUGCUGUUUUUCUGCUCACAGCUUUGUUGUGAUCUUCCUCCACUAAACUUGUAACAUGGUACACAUGUUGUUUCAUUCCCCACUGUUCUUUCUUUGGCCCAUUUCUCAGACAGAAUUUCCCAUAGGUUGGCAGAUCAGGCCUUUGGACUUCUUUUCUUUUUAGCAUAGUCUGAAAAAUACUGAAGUCAGACAAGAGGCACCAGUGUCUGGUAUAAUAAAAGGAUGAGCAAGAUGCCUAUAAGCGGUUUAUUAAAAGCGCAUCUUUAAUCCCAACCCUAUAAUUUCUUCCUCCUUAUGAACACAGGCAUUUACAUGUCCACCAAUAUUUUGACCUGAAAACUUUCAUAAGUAUAUUAAAGCCUUUAGCUUUAGUGAAGAUAAAGACCAGGUACAGACAAAUUACUGGAAUAAUUAGUGUAUUAGGCUGAAUUAUAUGAAAUAGCUGAUAUUUGACUGUUUUGACCUGAGAAAUGGCAGUUUCAUAUAGUUCAACAUAAUAUCUAGUGUUGUGGAGAUAAUCUUUGGAAUUGUCUUCUAGGUUUUUCAGGUUGAAAGGAUUAAAGGGUUGGAAGAGAUCUCAAAGGCUAUGCAGGUCGCUGUGUGGAUCACACCAGCUGGCUGUUGGUCUUAUUUGUGGAGUCAGAGUUGUGUUCCAAUGAACUGGUAAUGGAUGCAUGAUUAUAGGUAUGCUUGACUUCAUAUAAAGAAGUACCCUCAAAAAUUACCCAAGAAAAUCACAAUUUUCUAAAUCAAAUACUUGUAAAACAAAACAGUUGUGGGAAUAUGCUAUUUAAAAGACACCUCGGGUGAGUGCUCCCCCGCAAAGCAGGUCACCAUUCCCAGAAUGAACUGGUCUGCAAACCCUGGUUUUCAUAAACGAGGUUUGAUUAAAGCUUAAUGUCCUUUCCUGAAUGUGGUUCAUUUUUAUCCCCUGGUCCAUUGUUUUAGAGAUUAUGAGGUAGCCUAAUUUGGCACGUUCUCUCUCCCGUCUCUGUCCUCUCCCAUCUUUCUACUAUAUUAAACCCUUAGCUUCAUUCUAGUUCCUACUAAUCCAUGCGCAGUUAUUAACGGAUAACUCUAACCUUGGUGUUCAGCACGUUCUUCUAAAUGCCUGGCCUAAAUCACUUCCGCUUGGUUAAUUUGUGCUCACUCUAGCCUUAGUCUCUUAGUCUCAGCGUAAAAGUAACACUUAACUUCUGUGCAAUUGUGCUUUGUACAACUGAAGACUGUUAAUAAAUUCAGGUCUCACCUCCAUGAUUGGGAGGACCAUAGUAGCAUUUCAUGGAGAUGGGAAUUUGUCUAAUUCCCUAGCUAGGCUUUUCAUACCUAAGGUAAAUAAAUGCAACCACUUUAUCUUCUAUUCAUAGUGCCUGUUUCCCAGCCUUUGAUCAGUUUUGUAGUUCCCUUAGACACACUCCAAGAUUUAUAGAUCUUUUUUCAGUGGCAGGUCCUAAAAAUUAAAUUCAGUCCUCAAAGUCCUGAUAACCUACACUGGCUCAUAGUUGCAACAGGUAAUUCACCGUCUCCCAUUAGAUAUGCCAAUGCAUCUCUUUAGGAGCCUGACCCCCUGUCCUCUCCCCACCAAAGGACUUUCUCAGGUGUAGUUCCAUGAGAUAGAGUUCUAAUGUCUCAGCUUCCUGCUGGCAUCUGCUUCCAGAUUAGCAAUAACACUGAGCUGAUCUCUAGGGAUAAGGAGAGAACCUUGAAUCCAUUUUGUUGCAUGUACUCACGUGCUUGAAAAAGAAAAGGAUGUGAGUGUCUUCUGGCACACCAUCUUCCAAUUUACCGCCAUAUUUUUAAUGCCCCAUGCUGCCUUCUCUUUUUUAUUUUAUGAUUAUGAGGCAUGUUCUUUGCAGGAAAUCUAAAAAAUAUACCAAUAAGUAUAAAGAAAAUAAAAAUCACCCAGAUCCCGCCACGGUCACAUUGUUUAAAUCCACAAUUCUAGGCGUUGCAUCAGUCAGUGGAGGGGCCCACAGGCACUUUUGGAUAAGGUUUGUAAAGAAAUGCCCGGAAGGCCAAGGUGUCACUUUAAAAUAUGGGUCCACUAAUGUUUUGCACACAUCGAGGACUUCUGGGUGUGCCAUUGUUCUGGAGUACAAAGAAGACUUUAGAAGUAGCACAGCCCUGCUGCCUCCUCUAAUGAAAGCUCGUGGGGAGAUUCUAAAAUCCUGCCAGAUCCUUUGGCUCCUUGGUGCUCCAUGUGACAUUUGAUGCUUACUGUUUGGCAAUACUGCCACCUUCUGAAAGCUGAGCUUUAGAGUGAGAGGGGGAAACCAAGUAUAAAAGCAUCUAAUUUAUCUUAGACAGCAAACAAAUGGGCCAUAUUAACAAUGAUCCCAUAUGAAUUUCAGACUCUGGAAGUCUCAGAGUUGAAAGGAUCAGGGAUAUCACCCAGAUUAAUUUCCCACCCCACACACAUCCCUAGGCAAUGUCUAUCAUUUCUUUGUAUUCUAGAAUGUCACCAAAUGCAAAAUGCUCAAGUUUCAGGUAACUAUCGAUAGCAUGAAAAAGAGUAGUGAUGGUAUUGGCUCAAAAUAAAUCAUUAGCAUUAAAUAUAAAGUCCAGAAAUAAACCCAAGAACAUAGAAGAAUGGAGUAAUUAUAAAAAUGACAUUUCAAAUCCCUGAGGAAAGAUUAGAUUAUUAAGUAAAUUAUAUUGGUACUAGAGGCUCAAUGCAUGGAUUCAUGUACCAGUGGGGUACCUUGGCCUGGCCUUUUGGGGAUCAGGCCGAAACCGGCUCUUUGACAUCCCCCAAGGGGUCCUGGAUUGAGAGAGGGCAGUUCUCAGGUGACGCACCCCAGAAUCGGGUUCCCUCCUCUGUGGUUCCAGGUGCAUCACCUGAGAACCACAGCUGCCAAGUCACUGCAGCUCUGCAGCUCCUUCAUUGAGCGUCUGCCCCCUGGUGGUCAGUGCAUGUCAUAGAUACCGGUUGGACGGUCGCUUAGGCUUUUAUAUAUAGAUAACUGGUUAGCCAUUUUGAGGAAAUUAUUAUAUCUAUGCCUCAUAACUUUUAUCAAAAUCAAUUCUGACUGCAGUAGAGAUUAAAAUGCUAAAGCAAAUAAAUAAACAUAUAAAAGGACUAGCAGGCAAUACUAAUGAACAUUUAUAUAAUUUUCAUGUGGAAAACAGCCUUUCUAAGCAUGACACAAAAGGAAGAAACAACAAAGGAAAAGAUGGACCAAUUAAAAAUCCAAAACUCCUAUACAAUGAAAAAUAAAUCAGAUAAAGAGAAAACAAAAGUUGAGAUAUAUGCAACAAAAAGUGUAGACCUGUAAUAUAUAUCAGGAGUUUAAAUCCCACUACUUUGAGAAGUUACCAUGGUUUACAAUACCGUAUCCUUCCAAAUGUUGCCAUUUCAUUCUUUUCUUUUCUACUGCACUUUUUCAUUAUUGCUUAUUUAAUUGUCUAUAUCCACUAAACUGGAAGUUCAAGAAGGCAGCAACCAUGUCUCUUUUGCUUACUGCUAUAUCUUCUACACCUAACACAGUGCUAGACACAAAGCAAAUACUAAAAACAUUUAUUGGAUGAGUGAGUAAUGAAUUCAUGAAUAAAUGACAUUUUAUGACUCAAAAAAAUAUCAAACUUUCCAAUAGAAAAUUGAGCCAAGACACGAACUGACAAUGUACCAUAAAUUUAAAUACCAAAUGUAUGUACCAUAAAUUUAAAUAAUGCACUAAUGAUAAAUAUGAAACUAUUUGAAUAUACUGGUAAUCAAAAAUGUAAAUUAUUGUAAUAUAUUCCUUUUUGUGUAUCAGAAAGGUAUAAAGAAUUAAAGUGCCCAGGGGCAGAAGGAAGUGUGGAAAUGAAUAUUCUCUUACAGAGUCAACGUGAGUGUAAAUUGAGUCAAUCUUUCUGGAAAAUAUUUUGGCAAUGUAUUUUACAUGUAUGCCAGGUAAUUCCACUUUAGGGAAAUUCUCCUCGAAAAGGUCAGAAAAAAUGAACUAAGUUACAUUCAUUCAUCAUUCAAAAAAUAUAUGCAAGAAAGGAUGCUUAUAGCAGCAAUAUUUGGAGGACUAGAAAAAUGUAAAUACGUCUACAGUAAAGGGCUGGUUAAAUAUGGUAUAUCCUUUCAAUGGGAUCCUGUGCACCAAUUAAGAAUAAGAAUCAUAUGUACAUGUAGGGAAAUGAAGAAGCUAUAUUGUUAAAUGAAAAAAAGGAAGUUACAGAAGAAAUCCAUUUAAAAAAUAUACAUAUUCAUGUGUGCAUUAGAGUCUGAAAGGCUAUUUGCUAAAAUUUUAACAGCAACUAUCUCUGAGAGGUGAGAUUUGGAGCAAUUAUAUUUUCUUUUUGCAUAUCUGUAAUUUCUGAAUUUUCGACAAUGAGCAUGUAGUAUCUGUAUAAUUUUUCAGGGAAUAAACAGCAAUGUUCACAAAUAUAUAUUAAAUAUAAAACACAUGUUAUAAAACAGUAUGGAUAGUAUGAUACAAUAUUUGUAAAAAAGAAAAUUAUAUAUAAAUCUAUCUAUGUAUGUAUAUAUAUGCAUAAGAAAGCUAGAAGGACAUACAUUAAAUGUUAAUAGUAGCUAUUUAUGGGUAGUGGGAUUAUGGGUGAUUAUUAUUUCUUUUCGCUUUUCUGUGUUUUCUAAUUUUUCUACAAUGAAUAUGUAUUACUUGUGUAAUAAAAACUAUUAAUAAAAGUUAAAAAAAGAAUUAAAAAGUGAAA